AGCCACUGCUCCAAGCUUCUACAGAGAUCUUAGAACGAUUCCGGAAUUGUCCUUCCAUCUUAACUUCCGGCUAUUACAUCCUCCACACCUCCCCCACUUCCCAAACACAAAUACAAAAUGAACUUCCUCCGUAGAUCACUUCCCCUCCUCUGCCGCUCCAUCUCCUCCAAGAUCACUUCCCCCAAACCCUCUCCUCCUCUCUUCUCCAAAUCCAUCUCUAACCCUAAUCCUAUCCCCAAUCCCUCCUCUCAAUGGCGCCGCUUCUACUACUUCGAUCGAGGUCAGCUCCAGCACUUCCGCCGCCGCUCUUCCCGCCGCUGGUACCAAAACUCCGGCACCAUCCUCAUCGUCGUCGUCCUCAGCGGCUGCGCCAUCUUGACGAUCUACUACGGCCAUCUUGAGACCGUCCCCUACACUAAGCGCUCCCACUUGAUCCUCCUCUCUCCUUCCGUUGAGCGCCAGCUCGGCGAGCACGGGUUCCAGCAGAUGAAGGACUCCCUCAAGGGCAAGAUCCUCCCCGCCAUCCAUCCCGAUAGCGUCCGCGUCCGGCUUAUUGCCAAAGAUAUCAUUGAAGCCCUUCAACGAGGUCUUCGCCAUGAUACCCGGCAGUGGGGCGAUCUCGGGUACGCUUCUGAGGUCCCGGAAUGGGAGGUCGAUCCUGAGAAGUCCAAAGAGACUCUGUUGGCCCUGAGACAAGGCGAUGAGGCGAAACAUAAGAAGAAAGAGGGAUGGAGCUCGGAGGAUGAGAUCCUUGAUGAUAAAUGGGUGCAUACUAGUAGGAAGAAGGCUGCGGAGACCCAUCCGCAGACACGCCAUUUGGAGGGAUUGAAUUGGGAGGUGCUUGUGGUGAAGGAUAAAACUGUCAAUGCCUUUUGCCUUCCGGGUGGCAAGAUAGUUGUAUUCACCGGACUUCUUGAUCAUUUCAGGACGGAUGCCGAGAUUGCCACUGUGCUUGGACAUGAGGUUGCCCAUGCUAUUGCUCGCCAUUCGGCAGAGAUGAUCACAAAGAGCUUGUGGUUGGCAAUUGUUCAGCUGAUUCUUCUCCAGUUCUUUUUCAUGCCUGAUCUUAUCAACGCAAUGUCUACUCUUUUGCUGCGACUGCCCUUCUCCAGAAGGAUGGAAAUAGAGGCGGAUUACGUUGGUCUCUUGCUGAUGGCUUCUGCUGGAUAUGACCCACGUGUGGCACCAGGAGUUUAUGAAAGACUCGGGCAGAUCGGUGGGGAGUCUUUACUGAAUGACUAUAUCUCAACUCAUCCCUCAAGCAAGACAAGAGCAAAACUCUUGUCUCAGGCACAAGUGAUGGAAGAAGCAUUGUCUGUGUACAGGGAUGCAGUUUCCGGUCAUGCUGUUUCUGGUUUCCUAUAGAUACUUCACCCUAUUCUUUUUUUCUGCUGUUAUUUGUUGGUUCAUCCAAUGCUCUAGACAAUAACAAAAGAUGAUGCUGAUAUCAGAUGAUGAUGAUGGAGGAAAAGGAAAAGAAGAAACUGUUGUUACUUAGCUAAUCUUUACCCAAAAAACAAUCCUCACAUGUUCAAAUUAGCUGCACUUGUAACUUGUUGUAGUUUGCUUGAUGAGUCGACGACGGCUAACUUGGUUGUUAAACAAAGAGAAAUGCAGCUGUUUGCAGGGGAAAGCAGAGAAAUGUAGAUAUCUCUGCCGAGACCGUUACAGAUAAGAAUCAACACAAAAAAAGGAAAGCCCGCCGCAAUUCAAUUCAGGUUUCGUAUGUUAAAAAUGUCUACGGUACCGGCGAAUUCGAUGUUUCGGGGAUUCUUUUUGGUACAUUGUUUGGGUGACUUGUGGAUGCCAAUGCCUUUGUGCAUCUUUAAAGAUGAAUAAGUCUUGGCUCAAAUAAAGCCUAUAAAUCAGUACACAUGUUUGUGAAUUUAAUCUGUGUGAUUGUAAAAAUUUCAAACGAUUCAUCUUUCUUGUUUACAUUCACCAAAGAAAAGUAAUUUCAUCUUUUGUUAA